AUGGCCACUACUGGUUUGUUUACCUUAUGUGUUGCAAAUGUAAAUUAUGGAGGAUACGUUCCAGGAUUAAAGUAUUCUUUUGGACAUACUUAUGGAUAUUCGGAAAGUAGAUUAUUUAAAUCUCAGCACCCAGAACUACAACAAAGCACCGACGUUCAAGAGAGAUUAAUCCCUUAUCAGCCUCCACUUAGAGCUUCCGCAUCGCUUCGUGCCGUCGAUGAUAAUUGCAUCCUUAGGAAUGGUGUCCACCAGAAAAUAUCGAAAAUUGAUGAAUGCCAACAGCGAAAGGUCCAGUGGACGGAUGGCAGUGCUCCACUGGUUCCUAGCGAAGAUGCCAUGGAGGCCAUAAACUGUGAACAAACUGAAGCUGAAAAUCAGAAUGCAGAAAAUGAGAAUGCUGAAAUCCAGUGCUCGAUUGAAGAGGUGCCUGAAGACAGUCAGGAAAGAGAAGGGCUACGAAGUGCUGCAACCCAAUGGAGUGAUCAAGAAGUCCACAGAAAGAAAAAAUAUAAUGCUGGAACUCAGUGGUCUCCUGUUGAUUUUUCUCCUUUAAAGACCAUACCUGGAUAUACAGGGCAUCUACCAGGAAGGCACUAUGUCAAUCCAGGAAAAACGUUUUGUCAAGAAAUGGACGCUCUACUCAGAAACUUCCACCCAAAUUCAGCGGCAGUUCUACCUCUUUCAAGACAUAAUUUCACAUCAGCCCUGCAGCAAAUGACGGACGUCAAACCUGAAGGAAAAGAUGAUCCGUAUUUUGACAACAGGCCUCCAUCAACAUACGCGAAUAAUUAUCCAAUUCCUGGUUAUCAAGGGUUCGUUCCGCGUGUACGAACGUCCACCUCUUCUCUUGGGAUUCGAUACAUUAAAGCAGUAGAAAGAAGCCUUCAUGCCCUUCAUGAACAAAAAAACAGGGAAAGAAAGUAUGAUGAUGAAGAAAAUGAAAAUGUUGCCAAUUCUCCUAAAAAACUCUUAGAAAAAAGGCCUCUUCAUACGCCUAGGCAUAGGCCACAUCCUAGACAAAAAUAUCCAGAAGAAGAUUGGAGAUCAAUGUAUGGAAGACCUCCAUCCACGUAUCUAGAUUUUAACAAAACAUUUAUUCCAGGAUACAAAGGAUUUAUACCACAUUUAAAAGGUUCUCCAAAUGUUGUCGGUGUCAGGUACAGCAAAGCAGCUCUUAGAUGCUUGGAGGCUACACAAAAAUCAUUUGAUAAAAUAAAAAGUAAGUUUUCAAGAGCUCGAAAUGGAAGCGUGGAUCAGCUUCAAAUUGAAGAGCAUAUUCCAAAUGAAGAGCAAGUUUUAAGUGAAGAGCUACAACAAGAAACUGAACAGCCGGAAACUCAACAAUGUACCGAAAAUGGACAUGGAGCAGAUUCUGACCAUGCAGCUGAUGCAGAGAUAAGUAAAAUAACUUCGAUAGUCAAUAACCGACGUCAACGUAGAUUAUCCGAAGAAAGACCAUAUCGCCAACAGCAUUCAGAUUAUUUAUAUAACAGAAAACCCUCUACUUACAAAACUGAUACAAGACAUCCUAUACCUGGAUAUCAAGGUUUCGUGCCUCGCCUAAGAGACUCUCCAACAACUUUAGGACUGCGCUAUACUAAAGCAGCGUUAAAGACGUUGGAAGACGUACACAGACAAUGUGAAAUGAAACAGUUUGUUGCUAAAGAAAGAAAAACUCUGAAUGAUUUUUCUGGUAUUAAUUGCCUGAAGCAGAGGGAGCUAGUUGUUAGCCAAAUGAACAAUAAAAAGUACAAUGGUGACUGCACAGGAGAAAGCUUAGUGUUUGUUGUGGUUAUCCGAAAGAAAAUCAAGUAA